CGAGAUUUUGUUGGUUCCGCAUUUCAAGUCGGCAAGCUUUGGAUAGCGAGCGAGGUUCGCGCCGCGGCUUCCACCGGCUUGUACCGGCUCGACCCCCGGCUCGGAGCAGCGGCGGCCGCUGCUUUCGCGGUCCCAAGUCUGAGGCCCGUCUGCUUCCUGUCGGUUCCCGCGCCGGCUCCGACUCCUGACCGCGGCGGGGGCCAGCGGCCCCUCCCCUCCCCUCUGAGGCUAGAAGAUGAGCUUCCUCUUUAGCAGCCGCUCUUCUAAAACAUUCAAACCAAAGAAGAAUAUCCCUGAAGGCUCUCAUCAGUAUGAACUCUUAAAACAUGCAGAAGCAACUCUGGGAAGUGGGAAUCUGAGACAAGCUGUCAUGUUGCCAGAGGGAGAGGACCUCAAUGAAUGGAUUGCUGUUAACACUGUGGAUUUCUUCAACCAGAUCAACAUGUUGUAUGGAACUAUUACAGAGUUCUGCACGGAAGCCAGCUGUCCAGUCAUGUCUGCAGGUCCAAGAUACGAAUACCACUGGGCAGAUGGUACUAAUAUUAAAAAGCCAAUCAAAUGUUCUGCACCAAAAUACAUAGACUAUUUGAUGACUUGGGUUCAGGAUCAACUUGAUGAUGAAACUCUUUUUCCUUCUAAGAUUGGUGUCCCAUUUCCCAAAAACUUUAUGUCUGUGGCAAAGACCAUUCUGAAGCGUCUGUUCAGAGUUUAUGCCCAUAUUUAUCACCAGCACUUUGAUUCUGUGAUGCAGCUGCAAGAGGAGGCCCACCUCAACACCUCCUUUAAGCACUUUAUCUUCUUUGUUCAGGAGUUUAAUCUGAUUGAUAGGCGUGAGUUGGCACCUCUUCAGGAAUUAAUUGAGAAGCUUGGAUCAAAAGACAGAUAAAUGUUUCUGCUAGAAGUUACUCUCUUGCUUUAUCUGCCACUAGAGCUAUCUCAUUGCUAUCUGUUGUAGACUAGUGAUACAAACUUUUAAGAAAGGAUAAAAAGACACCUGUUGUCUGUUAUCUCAUCAUAAAACUGUCCCAAAGGUAGGUUGGCCUAAUAUCUUCUGAGUGAGAAACUUAGAGCACAGCUGAUCUGAAGCACUGUGUGACCACUCCUGUUACUGUCAGUCAUACUUGGCAGUUAAUAUGUGAUUACUCACCUGUAGUUUAUUACUUUACUUAUUAUUCUUUUACUUAUGAAAAUAAAUCUGUUUCAAGUAACAGCAUAAUGGAUGUUAAGAAUUUCCACCAAUAAUUUAUUAAGUUUCCAGAACAGGUUAAUCUAAAAAUGCAGUCAAAUCAGUUUUAUUCUGCUUUUAUUUUACAAACAGAAGAAUUAUUUUUUAAUUUAAGAUUUGGAACAUUUGUGUCACUUUGGAUAACCUUUUAGUUUGAAGUUUGUAUGCUAGUGUUUUUAUAGAUAAGAAUAUGUAUGUUUAUUUUUUUUAAAUCCAUGAUUACAAUUUGAGUCUUCAUGUGACUUGUGGUAUGGCAGUAACCAAAGUUAUUUCUAAAAUGACUCUAUUUUUUUGAUCUUUAUUUGGGAUUUUAUUUACGUAAGCCUGUCUAAAUUUUUAGGAGUAUGUAUGUAUCAAAUAAUUUUUUUAAGGCAUCUCAGAAUGGUCUUACAGAUUUUUUGAAACGCUUCAUUCAGGUUAAUUAUAAUAUAUAGUUUUGGGCUGAGAUAAAACUUCUUCAAAAAUUGACAACAAAUUUACACUUUAAGACCAUUGUUUUCACAUUCACAUUGUUUUUCAGACACUUUGGAAUUCUGGAUAGAAUGGAAGUACUCAGCACUUGAUUUUGGUUUUGAGUUGAGUUUUUAUUGUGACUUGAGACUUAGUUAAGAGUAGUAUAGAAAUGCACAAACUUUAUCCCAACAAGGAUAAAACUUAAAGAAAACCACGAUAAAAAACCUUGAAGGUGUACACAUUUUAUAACACAGCUAAAAGUUUGGUAUGUUACCUAUUCUUGUGUGUGUAUGUGUGUACAUGCAUAUGUGUAGACAAAAUGGAAGGAAUUAAUAAAUCAAAAAUCUUAACUUCAUUCUAUUAGUAUAAGGAUGGAUUGAGCCCCCAUCGGGGUUUUAUCCUAUUUUAAUUGUUUUUGUAUCAAAACUCAAAAUUUCUUCUAUUUCUAUUGGGAUUAAAAGAAUUUUCCCCUUUAGUGAAGAAAAUACCUAAUUUUCAUUUGGUUUCUAGUAUUCAGUAAACUCUAGCUGACUGUUUAAAAUGUACUGAAACAUAAGUAUACUAAGACGUGCCAGAUUGGCUACACAUUGAGUUCGUCAGUGUCCUGUGUCUUAAGAGUCGUGAUGUUUGCAAAGUACUCAACCAAUUUCCUUGAUGGUUUGAUAAAGGUUAGAUUUCAUUUUUCGUUACUUGUAUUUAUUCCACUAGAGUAUAGAAACUCCAUUUUUACAGUAACUCAAUAUCAAUAAAUUAUUAAGUAUAUCUAAAAUUUUAGAGGAAAAGUAUUUCAUCUAACUUAGGCUGAUACCAGUAAUUAAAGAGUUGAAUAAUCAUGGAAAAAAGAGAAAAAGCCCUCUAUGAAACAUUCCACAGUCCACAUUUGAAGCUUAUCUAAAGGUCCCUGUCAGGAGCUCUGUAUGUUUAUAUUGGUUAUUUACACACAAGAAAGCAGGUUUCUAGAUGCCACCUAGAAUGUUACCACCUCUUGACUUUAAACCUUGUUGGCUUUAAGUCUGUAAUGAAAUUAUAUUUCUCAGCUAGGUUUGUACUUUCAUCAUCAUUUCUAAUAUUUCAAAUAUUAGAACCUCAAAAGGGUUUUCACUUUUCUUGGUUUAUUUUCAGUGGUAGAAAUCCUCCCUUCCUUCAUGAUUCAGCCCUAAAACAAACCGAAGAUGGUUACAUGUUAGAAUGGUAGUAAAGGCAGCUUAUCAAUGGGACAUAAAAAUUUGUUGGUAACUUGAGACUCAGAAUUUUUUUUUUUGGUAUCAUUAAUAUAAAAUCACAUGGGCAACACUGUGGUUACUAGAGCCCCCCCAUUAUCAAGUCCCCACCACAUACCCCAUUACAGUCACUGUCCAUCAGCAUAGUAAGAUGCUAUAGAGUCACUACUUGUCUUCUCUGUGCUAUACUGCCUUCUCCAUGCUACCCCCACCCCCAGAAUGUUUUCAAAAGCCUGGAAAUUUAAAAAUUACCAGAUCCCUAAACUGAUCUGGCUUAACCAACAAUGUACAAAACCAGUAAUGUUAACAUUGUAUCUAAGGUCAGAGAGUUGAGGGCAGAAGUGGAGGAAAGGAGAGGAGGAUACCUUCCUGGCUCAGCCAGACUUUGGUAAGAGUUGGAAGAAAUGUCUAUCUUGGACUCCUCUUACCUUUGAUUCAUCUCCCUGUGCCCAGGGUUUGUCUGCCUUUUCGACAACACUCAGUCCCCUCCCCUCUCAGAUUCCAGAGUUGUCUCUGGUGCUGACAGCUGCCCCUCAAUGCCUGAUGAAAGGCAGAGGGCGUGCCUGUUGAAUCAUGCGGUCAGGCUGGUUGAACUUUAAUUUCCAGGCUUUAAAGUCUUGUAGACAGUGAUAGCAGAUCUUUAUUUAAAUAUUGAAACUUCCUUGUACUGUUUUUGUAUUGACAGCAAAAUGUACCCUUUAUUCUUCAGACUAAGUAGUGACUUUAGAGGGUUGCCAUCUAAUCUCAUCAUAGGCUGUAGAGCCCUAGUUUACGUAACUGCCUACAGAAAUACAAGUCUGAAUCCAUCAUGACUCUGGUGCCAACAAAAGGAGAGGUUUCCUAGUAGUGCAGAGGCAAGAGGAGCAAACCUGGUGGUGAUUUUAACUUGCAAACAUUGUUGAGGUUUGCUGAUCAUACAGCUGGCCUUCUCUCUGAGCAGUGAGGUUUUCCAAAAGUGGAGCUGCUUCAUGCAAUAUCACCUCACAAGCAUAAACAAAUCAGGCCCAAAGAUUGUAUAAAUCUUAGAAAUUGGUUUCUAAACAGCCCCAGUCGGUGUGCUUGUGUUACCUGCCUAGCUAUAUGCCUAGCUGUAGGAGGCUGUCCUGGCCCUGGAGCUCUGGCAUAAAAAAUGUUGGCUGGGACUGUGCACCUUCAACAGGGACAUUAUUUCCUCCAGGUACCAGUUCAUCAGUAAGUGGAUUUGGUUUAUACUAUUGUUGAAUUCUUACAAAGAGGGAAGUGUCCCUCAGUCUUCCUGUGUUUUUGCAUUAGGUUUUGGUAUUUUAGACUGAAAAAGGCUUUGGGGAUAUAGAUAUUAUGUGAUUGCAGUAAUUUUAUUGACAUAACUGCACUGAAAUUCACUUGAGUGUUUUCUCAUCAGAUUCUGUUCCAAACAAGUAUUCUGUAAAUCCAAAUGGAUAAUCAGUAUGCUGUAGAUUUAUUAUAGAACAACAUUCUGUGUUUGUGGAAUAGUUUGCAUAAGUUAGUGUUGUUUACCAUCUAAAAUAUUUGAAAAUGUUCUUUACAUGAAAAUUUAUGUUGUAUUUUUAAACCUUUAUGGGCUUUAUCUAUUUUUCUAAGUCAGUUAACUGUACUUUUUAAAAAAGUAUUUUGUAUCUACUUUUGUAACUUCAUCAGAAUAAAAUAUAUUGAAAGAAA